UCCAGGUGUAAAAAUGGAGAUUGCUUGGAUAUGAAACUGGUGUGUAAUGGAAAUCACGAUUGUUAUGAUGGUUCUGAUGAGGAUGGACUGUGUUCAACUUCCUGUGAAGGAUCAGCCAAUCGAUGUUCUCAAAUAUGCAAUAAAACUCCAAUGGGACCGUCUUGCGAGUGUAGAUCUGGGUUCAUAUUGAUGGGCAAUGGGGUCAGCUGCAUGGAUUUGAAUGAAUGCCAGAAUCAUCCACCAGUAUGCAGUCAAAUUUGCCACAAUCAGGACGGCGGUUUCAAAUGCGAUUGUUAUGAUGGCUUUUUACUGAGAUCCGACAAGAAAUCUUGCAAAGCAGAAGGAAAUCCGAUGUCGCUCAUUUUCAGUGAAUAUGGGCAAAUAAGGGAACUCUCGCAAUUGACUAAUAUCUUGUCUGUUGUAUUUGCCACUCCUGCACCAAAAAUAACUGGCCUAGACGUACUUGUCAAUCCAAGAACCAUCUAUUUCAGCAUGGAGGAAACUUCCACGAUUCACAAAAUCGAUAUGACAUCAAAAACGAGACAUUUCAUAAGGAAUAUUGGACAACCUCAGGACAUUGCUGUUGAUUGGUCUACUCACAACAUCUAUUACUACAACACGGACACCAACUCGAAAUCUAUCAGUAUUUGUAGUUUCGAAGAAAAGUGCGCGAAGUUGAUUGAUGUUGACAUGCACAGACAAGUGGCAGGAUUGGUUGUCGACUCUGUCAACAAAUUUUUAUUUUAUGCUUUGAACAGUUGGUACGUGUUCAAUUCCCCCAGUUACGUUAUCUACAGGUGCAACUUGGAUGGAACUGAGAAGACGGAAAUAAUGAAAACUACAGAUGGGUUUGUAUCCGACAUCACUUUUGACCACAACAGUAGGAUAUUGUACUACAUGGAUAUGUACUUGGGUCAAAUAAAUAAGAUAACCUAUGAUGGUAGUUUCAAAACUCCAAUUUAUUCCAAUAUCACCCGAUCCUCAGGGCUUAAGUUCUUCGAGAACCGAUUAUACUAUUCCACGAAUGGGGGAUUUGUUUCAGUUUGCAGGUUAUACGGAUUUCUGAGAUGUGAUAGUUUCAGGCUUCACAAUGAUGCAAUAGAUUUCUUCACUAUUCUACAAGAGACGCUUCAGCCGAGUGUGGGUAAUCCUUGCAAGAACCACAAUUGCUCCAACUUAUGCGUUCCAGCUCAGUUUGGAUAUAAAUGUCUCUGCCAGGAUGGAACGCUUCUAUCUGGACCAGGAAGUUGUCAAAUUAAUGAGAAUACCCCAGAGUCCGACAAAAAAUAUACUGUUCACUCGGUGGCGAUGACACAGGCCGGUCUCGAGGAGGGAAGUUCGGGUACCGUAGCUGUUGCCAUCACGAUACCUCUUCUGGUGAUAUUAUUUGCUUUGGGAGCCAUUUACUUUAUCAAGAAAAAGCAUGCAGGAGCUUUGAAUGUCAGGAUGAGAUUUUAUACUCCUCAUUUCGGAAGGACCGUUCAAGAUGAAAAUCCUAUUCUAAAGCCUGGUCAACAUGAAUACACAAACCCCGUUCAUUUUAAUAAAGAAGAUAAUGAAUUAACUCUAGAAACAGCACCUAUCAAACUGAAUGAUGCCUCGAAUGUGUGAUAUUUAAUAAGUUUCUUUGAGUUUUACUUUUUAUAUUGUUGUUUUAUCGUUUGUAUAAAUUUUAUCGAUGUUAAAUAUUGAAAUGUUAUAUUUUUACCGUUAUAGUUCAUAAAUGAAGAGGAAUGCUUCAGAGUGAAUAUUGAAUUUGAAGUGUGAUAUUGAUAGCAUUGUUAUACAUUUAGUUAUUACACAGGAUGAACAAUGUACACAUCCUCCAUAUAUUUAUUAUCAUUGAAAAAUGAAUAAAUCAUUUUAAUAGUACAUACUGAAA